AAGUACCUACCAAAGCAGACUAUGAAAGUGUUUGUCGGACAAUGAACGGUGCAUUGUGAACAAGCGACAUUUUGUUAUUUUUUCCAAGUAUUGCGGUGUAUAGCCAUGUCAGGCAACAGUAUUUGUAUACCAUCAUAAUUAUUCACGUGUGUCGACUUUAUAGAUUGGUUUUAUAGAUGUGAACAUGUGUAAUUAGUGUUAGAAAGAUAUUAGCGCGUCGUUUGAUUCGUUUACGUAGGCAGCGGGGGGUAGCGUUCGUUUCAGGGAAUGCGAUGUUUCAUCGUACGUACGCGUAAUAGAUUCUGAAAGUUGUUUACAGUUAGGUGCUUAGGGCGUCGUCUGGACACGACUACGACUUUCCGAUGGCGAUGGCGGAACAAUUUUCGCUGCGAUGGAACGACUUCCACACGAACUUAUCUCAGUCGUUUCAUGCUCUUCUAGAAGGUGAAGAUCUGGUGGAUGUUACGUUGGCUGCGGGGGGACAGUAUCUUCACGCUCACAAGCUGAUCCUCUCAGUAUGCAGCCCUUACUUCAAAGAACUCUUCAAGAUGAACCCUUGCGACCAUCCGAUAGUGAUCCUAAAGGACGUCCCUCAUCAGGAACUGCGCCAACUGCUGCAGUUUAUGUACCGCGGGGAGGUACAUGUGAGACAACAGGAGUUGUUCGGCUUCCUUCACACCGCUGAGCUGCUUCAGGUCAAGGGCCUCACCAGCGGGCGAGAGCGAAGCGAAUCCCCCCCACCAAUCGUGGAUGAGCAGCCGAAACAGAACAUGAACCCGGAGCCGUCGGACAGCCAGCCCGAGUGGGUGCCGGGAGGAGAAGACACCAUAGCCACCGAAUCACCACCCGAGAAUGAGAAUAAAGAGGACGCGUCACGAAGCCCCUUGAAACGAUUGCUGAAGAACACGCCGAACAAAAACAACUAUAAUGUGAAGAAGAAACCGCGCCCCGCCGACAACAGCCCGACACACCCGGAGAACGCAGAAUAUGUAUACGACAGCGAACCGCUGAUCGAUUUCGACAGUAUGGACCCCUUCACAAGUGUCAUGAUAUUGCCAGAAUCUAAAGAAUCCGAUGGCGCUAACCAAAACUCCCUUACAGGUUGGAAGUGCAAAACAGCGGGCGUGAAGUGUCCCUCAUGCCAUAGAUUUUUCGCGAACCGCUACAACCUGAAAGUUCACAUACGUGACAAACACGACACGAGAGAAGGGACGCUGCAAUGCGACAUCUGUCAGAAGAGAAUGCGGAAUCCGUCUUGCCUCCGCGUCCACAUGUACCACCACAGGAAACAGGCGGCCUAUUUAGCGCAGUUGGGGAGUCAAGGCGAUCAAAUGCAACAUGUAAAAUGGCGGUUCGAGGCAGCUCUUGGUGUCGAUUUCAACAGAGAUGUGGACAAUUACCAGCAGCCGCCACCACCUGAGCCCAAAUUGGAGAUACAAGAUGAUAAAGGCUUAGAGCCCAAGGGGCACGAUGCCAAAGGUCACGAUUCUAAGGUGCACGAUGCCAAAGCGCACAGUGCCAAGGCGCACGAUGUCAAGGCGCACGAUGCCAAGGCGUAUGAUGUCACACCCCAAGAUAACAAGUCCUUGGACCAGAUUCCACAGGAGUCCAAGUCGCAGAGCUCUGAGGCCGUCGUGCCCAAAGCCGAGGUAUGAUGCUCACGAAAACUCCGUGAAGUCCCGGACACGGAGUACGUCGACCCCUAUCAGCUGUUCUACGCCUUCACAGAACAAAGCUUCUGGAAUAGGUCUGUGUUCUACCCGUGUUACUCGCCGAUUCGCAUCCCGAGACCUGAAAUGUAUAGAAGGAAAGUUUUAACAAAAAAGAAGUCUUCUAAAAGAGAUGUAAGCAAGUAAUUGAAAUUUAAAACGGUUCACUUUUGGAGUCGAUUUUUCAAUGACCGAAAUAUUAUGUAUGUGUAUAAAAUGUUUUAGAUAGGUAUUUAAAUGAAGGACUUUCAACGUAUUGGGGGAUUUAAAAAUCCUUAUUAUAUUCAAUGGAUAUUUAGAGUAAGCAGUGAUAUUGGUCAGUGUUUGUUGGCAUUUGUUAACCUGGUCUGAUCGCGAAUGGAUCUGUCAAACAUUUCCGAUUACAGCCAGUAGCCACCGCCGCCGUUGCCAAGCGACGUAAACAAGAUGGCGGCUUGACAGUUGACAGUGACAGUUUUAUUCACGAUCUCGACGCCACACUUAAAUGUUGGCACGUGGUUUGCGUUGCCAUUGUGCGAAACGAUAGAAUCGUUAUAUGGUCAAAAUUGCGGGUCUUACGGAAAGUAUAUGUUUUUAAGACGAUAUUUGUAAGCGACAUGUAUAUAUAGGCGUCCCGCCAUCAUCAGGUUUUAAAUAUCAUAUGAUUAAAAAAAUCAAGUUUUGCAAAAACAAAUUUAUUAUAUGCAUUUAUCUUAAAAGAUAAAUAAAAACAUUUGCUUACAUCUCUUGGAAGAUAUGUUUCAAACAAUGUAUUUUACGCUGACAAAUCUUUUUCAUGGAUAUAUUGUUUUAUGUAUACUUAUACUAAACUUACCUUUAAUCUCAUAUAACUCAUAAUGUAAGUAUUUCAAAUAAUUGUAUACUCUCCUAACUAUUUUUAAGAAUUGGUCGGCCACAUAAUAUCCGAGCGACAGUAGUAAAAACAUAAUACUCUAACUUGGUAAUCUCUAUUAAAUAUAACAUUAUACAUACUUUUAAAUAAUUCGACAAAAAACUUAUUUUCAAAAUAUAUAUACAUUUUAUACGAGGUAAUAAUUAUGUGACGAAGAAGUAACUUUUCAAAUGUUUAUACAUUUUGGAAAUCUUUGGCUAAAACCUAAUGAAAUACUCUAAUUACUAAGUAAAUACUUAAUUAACGUGUGUUAAUCAUAAUUUUUUUAAUUGAUUAUCAGGAUACUUUUAGUUUUCUACUAUUGAAAUCGACCGAGCCGGCCUAGUGCCGUACAAAGCCAUUUUAAAUAUUUUUUGACUAUGCGUGAAAACAUUCCUAUAUUUCUCUGUUAAAGAGUUUAAGAUACAAAAACAAGUUAUUUGUUAAAAUAAUAUUUCACAAACACAAAAGAAACGCUCAAACGUAAUUUUUACUCUUUUAAGUAUUAUUUUCGAGGUUAUUAAUUCCGACCCAUAAUUUAUAUAAAAUUAUGUCGGCAAAAGAUUUGAAAAAGUAUCAAAACUCAUAUUAGAAUAAACUAUUAGAAGUCGUUAAUCGUGAUAAACUUGUAUAAUAACUAUGAAUAUACCUUCUUGUGUUUUUAUACAUUUCAAGCGUAUUAUGUGGCUGACUCGAUCAUAUUUAUUUUUAUUAAGUAAUGUAUCUCAAAAAGACUGUUUUAUAACUAAUUUUCAGCCAACGUCUUCAAUUAAGUGUGUAAUUUAUAAGACUGUAUCACUUUACUAUAUUAUCGUCUGCGUUAAUACAUAAAGUACAAUUUAUUUACUUAGGCAGCUAGACCGAGGGUAGGUUAUAGACACAAAAAUGUUGCCAUUCCAUAGUGUGUACAAAAUUGUUUUUUUUUUUCGUUACGACCCCACUUAUGCUCAGAUGAAGGACAGGCUCGACCUGUUAAAGCAUAACCUUACAGUACAAAAUAUGUGUAUAAAAUAAUAUCUACGUAUGCUUUACUUAGAUUUUAAGUUUUUUUAAGAUUCUCUCUUUAGUUACACUAAGACAGAACAAAUACAAAUACGUACAAUUUAGUCCGCUAUAUACACAUUUUUUUUAAUGUCCGAAACAAGGGUUGUUUAGGUAUUCUAAGGAAAUUUUACCUCAGUUUCGAAACGACUGUUUUAUGUAAGAUAUUAUAGUCCGUACAGGUUCACCGUUUUGAAAAUUUAGUUUUGUCAUAAUUUUAGUUGUUAUUUUAAGACAUUCCAAUUUGGUAAGGUAGGUAUUAAAGGUCUGGUCGGGAAUAGAAUCAUUAAAUCAAUAGCUAACAAACUCGCUAGAAAAAUCAUGGUAAACUUCUUAUAAAGGUAGGCAUGUUAGAAAAUGUAAUUUUUUUGCAUAUCUGCGGUUUAUUAGGCCACAACGAUUGUCAAUUAUUUUUUAUUUUCUAUAAAUUAGGCCAGUAUAAAGGCGUUGUGGCUAAUGAGCAUACAAAUUUUUAAUUGAUUCGAUUUGUUGUUGCUUGUUUUUUUUUUUUUUAAUUUUGUUUUUAUUUUGAGGUUGACUAGUACGGAUUGACUUAUGACAAUAAAUUAAUUUUGUUUUACAACCUUUAAAAUAACGUAAAAAAAUAAUCACAUUUCCGUUAUUAUUAUUAUUAGAUUUGCGUUUGUAAACGCGCCGAGCGUGUCCCGCCUCUAUAAGAACUUGCAAUAUAAGACACUCUAGGAUCGUUUUUCUACACCGAGCGUGUAAAUAGAAAGUGCCCGACCUGACCAGUCGCAAAGCGUCUAAAAGCUUUAAACUGUAAGAAUCGUCCCAUCGUUGCGAGUCGUAUCGUAGUCAUUAGCUCUCUUAGUUUCGAGAUAUCGGCGCCAAUAGUUACCACAACAGACAACAUUUUUUUUAAAUAUCUCAGUUUUGUGAAUAAUAAAACUAAUGAAUAUGACACUUGGACUUAAAUCUUAAAUCGAGGUGUGUGUAUUUUGUGAAAGCGUGUUGAAAAUUUUUCAACACAAUUGCUUGUAACAUUACAGUACUAAUGCUAUUGUGUGGAAACACAAUCUUAUGACACACAUAUAUUGAUUAUUCAUAUUGCUCGACUUUAAUUCUUAUUUCAAGGGCGUUAAAAUAUCGCCUCGUAUUUACUGACCAAUUAACCAAACAAUGUAUAGCUUGUAAUAUAAUGUAUCAUUAAAAUACUGAUAAUCAAUAUUAUUGAUUUUGCUUUCAGUUCAAUAUAUCAACAUAAAAUAAGACUCAUUAAAAAAGGAUACACUUUUGUAAACUCAACAAUGUUCUCAAUUAUUUUUCCAAUAAUUUAUUGAAAAAGAUUUCAAAUAAAAUCAUUGAUCGUUAUAUCUUGUUGCUACUGUGCUGUAUGGUGCGAGUGAAGGUUUUUAAAUUAUAUAUUUUUUUCAAAUUCAGCUUAUAAAUGUUAUCGUGUCGAAAGUUGUGACUAUUAGCUCCGAUACGUUUCGAGGUGAACCCAAGGGCUUUUAUUUCGGAACUAGUUUUUUUUUUUUUGGUACAUUUAUAUAUAUAUAUAUUUUGGUGCGGUGUACCUUAUUUUUAAGUGUAUUUUUUUACAUCAUGUAUAUGUCGAGAAAAGUUAUCACUUCAUGUCAAUGAACAGUCGAUGCCAAAUCAUUAUUUGUAUAUUUUGCCACGACAAAUAGCAUAUAAUCUAGAUGUUUUUUUUUAUAUAAACAAAUAUUAUUAAAAUACGUCCAUUAUAAGGUGGAUUUUGGUUUGGGUAUUUUUAACCAUUAAUUUUAAGGGGUAGUAGAACUAACAUCUUUUUUAUGGAAAUUAAGAUUUUUUUUUACAUUCCAUUAGUUGUAAGUUUGCAUAAUCAAUCUGAUAUUUUAGAAUUUCUUUAUACAUACAUAAUGUUAGUAGAUAAGUUCUUUUUUUAACGUAACAAAGGAGAUUAUUACGAAACCUAUGUAAGUCACAUUUUAUGUUUUGGUAGCUGGUUAGGUGUUUAGCAUUUAUAUUUUUUUUACCAAAUUUUUUUUAUACCAAUGGUCUUAAAUUAUAGUAAAUGUUGAGUCCGAGGAAUGCUGCUAUCAAAUGUGUUGCCUACGGCCCCCUUAGAUAAUCGUAUCAUAUUAAAAACGACAAUCAAAAGUUAAUAUAGGUAUGACAAUGUACUAUUUUCACGCCAUUGGCACAAUGGAGAAGUGUUCUCUUUCUUUUGGAGGAAUAUUUUUUUAUAAUUUAUUUCAAAAGAAUAUUUAAUAAUUAUACUGCCGCUCCGCCGACUACUGAAUCGUCAUGCGGUACUCGCCAAUAAAUAAAGUGUUAGAAUAGAAAGGUUAGGCAAUACUUAAACAAUGUACUUAUUUUGUUUAAGUAUUUGUAUAAAUUAGUUGAAAUAUGACGAUAAUAGUUGCCAUGGUCCGAAACACCGAGUCGCCGCAAAAAGGAUAAUUUCAUCGGAAAUACUUUUAAAAUCCUUAUAACUCUUUAAUUCUUCGAAAAUGGCUCUCUUUUGUACGUCUUCGGAAAUCACGCGGUUGCAGCUCUUUUAUGUUAAAAAAAUAAAGUUAUUUAAAAAUAAGUUAAAGUUUUAAGUAGUUUUCGUCGUCGGUUUGUGUGAUUGCUGCCGACACCGAGAGCAAGCACUCCCUCUUAGUUAAUCUUAAAACUUAUACAUUGUUCCUCUAAAAAUCUCUGUUAAUUUAUUUAAAUAUAUUUUUACAUCUACCAAUGAACAUCAUUUUUUAAUAUCAAACAAUUCUCUAAGGGGGCGCUGUCGACCAAUUUUCGUGUUUGCAAAUACCAACAAAUUUGCUCAAACGCUAUAAAAUCGAAUGGAGUGAUCUGAGAAAGAUAUUCGGUCUAAUACUCAAUACGUGUGGCCAAAUAGAUUAUCUAAUUUUAUGUGUGCUCACCGGCAAUAGUCUGGCGUAUUCGUACGUGUCACUGCAUGUCAUGUUGAUGGCUGACCGACGGUAUUGCCAUGUACAAAGCUGUCAGACUAUACAUCGUGUUUAUAUAUAAUGUACAGUUAAUGAGAGGAUAAAUGUGUAGGUCGAGUGUAACUACCAAGCUAAUAAUAGAUUCACGACUAUUGCAGAUGACAAAAAAACUCAAUAUUUAUUUUUAUGUUCUUGUUCAAAAGUAUUUUUUUUUAAAUCCUAUAAAGUACACAUAUAUAUCCUAUCCUAUAAGUUACAUUUAUAUCCGAAAAUGCUAAGGUACAUACACUCUGCCAUUUUAUCAUCGAGCCAAUGAAAAUAUCUUCCUUUCAACACAGCAUUUGGUAUAUUUUUGCCACAAACCAAAUCUUAUAAUAUGAUUAUGUUAUUUCUGUAUAUUAUGAGAUCUAAAUUAAGUAUCUAACAUGAUUGUGAACUUUCUUAAUUCUUCCCAGAAGAAUACCUUUACAUUCCAAUUGUAAAAUAUGUAUACAUUCCAAAAGUAUUUGUUAUAAAUGUGCUCAAAUAUUUACACUUUCGUAAUUAUAUAUUAAUGUAAGUACGAUAUGUAUAUCCAUGACAAUGUUAGGUUUAACUUUAUAGCUGUAAGUUUAAUGAUUUUUUGAUUUCCGCUGUUUUUGACUUUUGAUCACACCAAAAUUUUUGUCCCGUUGUAUACAAAGAUUUUCUUUUUAGUAUAGUUUCGUCAUUGACUUUUGUGGCACGUGUUUAUAAUAUCGAUAAACAUAAAUGUAUUGCAUGCCGGAAAAAAAUACAGCGUGAUGAAAAUUAAUUCACGUUUAAAAUGCCUGCAUGCAUAUUGAUGAAGUGUGUUCUGAUUCCCCCAACCCGAUAGAAAUUUAUAGUAUUUUAAGAAUAUAAAACAGAAUAUGAAACAUUUUCAUAUAAAAAUUAGUUGUAUGGUUUAUUUGUUGAUCCCGUCCAUUAGGUUUAUAUAUCCAUUUUGGAAUAUGGCUAUGGCUCUGAAUGUCAUACGACAAUUAAAAAAAACAUUUAUUAUGUAAUUUUAGACUUAUGUAUACGAAUAUAUACAUAUUCGCAUUUAAUAUAUUAUUGAAAUACUUCCCCAAUAUUUGUCAACUUGUCAAUGUCAUUAUGGUGUUACCAAUUGUCAAAAAGCGGAUUCAUCACAUGUCGGUUCAUCUUGGAAUCAGUAUAAUACGUUUUGUUGUCGACUGUGUUAUCGCUAACACUGGUGUGAUUUUAAUCAACACGCCUAAACAUAGGCAAGUACAAUAAUUAGCCAUAUUUUAAUGAACAAAGUGUAGCGAUGUUAGAUAUCCCUUGUGCACAUAAUGAUAAAAACGAAAAUAUAUGUAUAAUAAUCUAGUUGUUAUUGUAACAUGUAAAUUGUUAUCAUUAAUAAUGGGGUAGUUGCCUAAAAUAAAAUGUAUACUUAAAUGCAUUCACGUAAUGAAAAACGAUUAUCAAAUGUCACUUUAAUUGAUCAACUUUAUUUAUAGUGACAUUUAGGAUUUUCUUGUUUACUAAAGUAUAAUUAAAACGCUUUUCGACGGCAACAUUUGUGACUUUACUGUCAUACAAGCCCCUUAUAGUUUUUGUUUUUGACACGUGGAAAGAUCUGCAUCUGAUUUGACUCGAUGGCGACUACCCUAUUUGACAACAUCAACGAGAUACAAAAAUCUCAUUUGUAUUUGCUCAAAAACAGAACUUUUGAAACUAAUGUAGUUUAGAAAAUUAUAUAUUUUAAAUAUUUUGACAACAAAUAAUACAAUUGGCCAGUAUUGUAAAAGACUAGGCAGACCCGAUGUGGUGAUAAUAUUUUCGUCCCUACGAGAUGGAAUCUCAAAUUGUGACUAUGAUGAUGUCAGCUCACUAGGCCGAAACCUUUCAUAAAACAUAUACAAAAAACUUUCACAUAUUUCUACAUCAUUGAACAUUAUGUGGAAAUUUAUUAUUACAAUAAAAAUAUUUCAAAUAUUCUUAUAUCAAUAAAAAUAUUUCAAAUAUUUUUAUAUCAUAUGAGAAUAUUUGAAAUAUUUUUAUAAAUUCAAAAUAUCUUUUGACAAAUGUUGCUUGUAUCAUUCAGUUAUUAUUAUACAAAUUCGAUCGAAGAUUUUCUCAUCGUCCAAAUAAGGGCUCGGCCUCACCUGUUCGUCACGCUAGGUUGCGUUGCCGGUCGUGAAGCCAUAAAGAACAAUAGAUUAUUUAGAUUUUUUUUUAUUACCUUCGGCUAAAAGAGCUUGCACAUUAAAUAGUCUGGUCGUCUGAUCGAGAUUAUAACGAAUACAUAUUUUAUACAGAAAUGACAACGUAUGUUCAAAUAACUUUCAUAAAAGUAAAAAGACUAGGCAAAUAAUAUAAUUUUCAUCUUAACAUAUUCAAUCCCGUAAUUAGUAAUCAAUAUCUCGACCAGAUGACGAAGUUAUGUGAUAAAUGUUUAGGAAAGUCUUUAUGCGUUUGAAAUAAGGCAUAUAUCGGUUGUGAACAUAACGAGUGUCAUGAUUUUUCGUUGUUCUGUCAUACGGAUCAUAAAAAUGAAAUGUAUAAUUUCAAAUAACAAAACACGGUAGUUCAAUAUCACUUUUAUUUUAAAAUUUUUUUUUUUUGUGAAUGUGUUUAGGGAUGUUAGCUGUUGACUCGCAUAAUAUAUCCACAUUGAAUUAAUGAAAUAAUCGCUCAAAGCUGAGCCUUGACGGUUGCCUUCGCUUGGCGAACGGUUUGAUGUCAUUAUAAUGUCAAAUUUAUUAUGUCAAAAUUAUACAUUGACUGGUUCUAAGAACGAAAACAAUUGGUAUAAGCGUGUCACACAUGCUUAAAACUAUAUAAAUUCUGGCUUCAUCGGGAAAUUCCCUCGAGUUCUCGCAUGAAUUUUGAUUUUUUCAUAACACUAUUUAAACUUUACGAUAAUAUUGUUUAAAAUGCAAAAUAAUGAAUAGCCAUAUUCAUUUUGCAUGCCCGAUAAACGUAAAGUUUGAAAUGAGGCAGCGGAAAUUUACCCUUGUCGUGGUUUGCCUGUUUAGUAUUAAAAAUAAAAAAAGUGUCCGAUGGAUAAUAAUAAUAAUAAUAAUUUAAAACAGGUUUCAUUAUUUCAUGCAGUUCAUAAUAACUAUAAAAUAUACAUUUCCGUGACUAAUAUCAAUCAAUUCUUCUUUUUUACUACUCUUAGGUAUGUCGAGGAAUACAAUCAAAUAAAUAUGUUUUUUUUCCACUUGUGGAUUAAGCCAUGUAUAUCGCAGCGUUUCCUUCUCUUAAUAUUUAAGGCGAGUUGUAUCAGGAUUUGUGUUACAACGAACGUUCAGACGAACAAAAUGUGCUCUCUUGAAUAUGUUUUCCCAUUAAGUGUCAAAUAUACUCAAAUAGACGACGAAGUCGAAAAGGUAGAUUUAUUUUCUUUUACAAUGUGCCGUCUACCUUGUAAUGUCUGUAGCUUGGAUCGUCAACGUCAUUCAUCAUUAUUUAUAUGUUUAUUUAUUAAAUCACAUCCGAACUCUGCCCGUGUUUCGAUGGAGUUGCGUUCGUCAUGGCAACAAGGCUUGCGUGUAUCUCCCGUUACGAAAUUAUUGCAUUUUUGACUUUUUCCUAAUUAUAUCGUACUGUGGUGCAAGAUUUUGACGAUCUGAUCCGAUAUGUCAAUGGCGUGGCAAGGCCUGGCACUUAGGGGCUUCGCAAGGUCUCCAAACGUGAUGCAACCAGAUUGAAGGCGGAUAAUAAUAAUAAUGAAUGCCUCAAAGGACCGGGUCCCGAUGGGCCCGUGGCUGAAAAUGCGUACCAACAUAAUAAUAAUAUGUAUUUAUUGACAUAAAGUAACUGCACACUUUCUUGACGCCAGCAGCCACGUUACGCCAUUGUCAUUAUCAGUAAUUAAAAAAAGACUUCCAAAAUAGUAAUGGAAAAAAGUUAAACGACGUUUAACUUUUAAAUUCCUAUCUCAUUACUAGUUCCAACAUGACCUGAAGGUAGACGCACAGUUAUGUGUUUCCAAUAUAUUGGUUGUGUUUAAGUAUAUCUAUUCUUGUCUUUCGACGACGCUCUCUCGGUUAUACUCAAAACAUUUUUCUUAUAUUUUUUUAUAUUAGAAUUACGUGAAGUAAUAAUAAAUUAUAAUUUUGUAA